AAUUUCUUGUUUAUAUCAAAAGCAAAAAAUGGGAGUUUCAGGGACACUGGAGUACUUAUCUGAAGUACUUAGCAACGUUAAGAAGAGUAAGAAAAAGAAACAAAUCGCAACUGUAUCCAUCAAGAUUAGAAUGGACUGUGAAGGUUGUGCUCGUAAAGUAAAGAAUGCUCUCUCUAAAGUAAAAGGUGCAAAAUCAGUGGAUGUGGACUUAAAGCAACAGAAAGCAACAGUAACAGGAUUUGUGGAGCCAAAAAAAGUGUUGAAGGCAGCACAAUCCACUGGUAAAAAAUGUGAGAUUUGGCCAUAUGUGCCUUAUAGUAUGGUGGCACAUCCUUAUGCUGCUGGUGUUUAUGACAAAAAGGCACCUCCUAAUUUUGUAAGGGCAACUGCUGAUCCUUCUAUUGCUCACUUAAAUCCUGUUGAAGAACAAUAUUCCCUUAUGUUUAGUGAUGAAAAUCCAAAUGCUUGUAAUAUUAUGUAGUAGUUAAUUAUAAGUUUUUUUUCUUUGUUAUAAAGUAUAUAUACUUCUUUAUGUGUAUUUUUAUGUAUACUUAAAUCCUGUUGAAGAACAGGUAGGCUAUGAUA